AAAAAACAAAAGGCCUUCUGGGUUGUGGCUGAUUUUGCCACCUCAGGGUAUCUGGGUGGGCGCCGCUGGCUAGUAGCCAGGUAAGGGAGAUGAGAUAAAGCCUUGUUAAUAGACAGUGUUUGCAAGUUACUUCACUUGUUAUAACUCAGUAUUACCCCCAAAUACUGUGAGUAAACAGGGUUCCUAUUUUAGACUGCCUCUUAUCUUUCAUUUUCUUAAGAAAGCCUUCCCAAGAUCUGAGUUACGAAUGGAUCUAUAGGUUAACUAUGUAGGUUGCAGAUUGCAGCCAGUCAUCUUUGUACAUCUGCUUGAAACCACUUAAAGUACCUCUCCUGAGCACCUACCAUAUGGCACCAGGCAUGAGGGACACAGUGACCAUAGCAUUGGUCCCUUCCUUCAUGGCAUUUAAUCUAGUGGGGCAGCCAAACUGGGAAAUCAAUAAUCCAAAGACAGCCUGGAAUAGAAGCUCUGAGCAGGAGUGAGCAGAUCUAGUGUUUAAGACUUAAUCAUAAAGGAGGCAGAUAGCAGCUGAAGAUUGCUGGAGUUCUCACUUGCAACAUGGGUUAUAGCUUAUGAAGCUUUCCUAAAAUCACCAAGAAUUUAGACUUUCAUAUGGCAAAGCCAGAAACUAUUUCCAUCUCUGCAGAUGAUCUUACAAAAGUGAUGUGAUUCAAGCAACCAUGGGUUGCUGCCAACAUUACCAAAGAGCAUUAAAACAUGUCAGAAGUGAAAUCUGGGUCUGACGUAUCAAACUCUUAACCUUACCAGUUAGCCGCUGCUGUCAGAACUGCUCUACUGACAUGGAAAUGAGGCCAACAUACCCACACUGACACACUCAUUCUGAUGGGCAAGAGUGGAAAGACGCGCUGUUUUUAAAUGAAAAAGUGCUAUAAAUAUGAGGUGAACAUACCCCCAUAGGCAUAGGGAACAAGAGCCUUUUACAGUCUUUCAAAGUGUUCUAGCUAGUAAAACAACUGGUCACACUUAGUUUCAAUUUCAGAAAAGCUGGGAAGAAUGUUUUGACAAAAGUCUCUAGUUCAGAUCAGCUUUAUUAGUGAACCAAUACAGCAACUCAUACAUGCAAGACUACUAACUAGUGCUCAGAGAAUCUUUGGAGGUCAGUCCCCAGGUCCUGAAUGACAAAGAAUAAAUUGCAGCCUUGCCUUAGGGGAUCUCUGUGUCUCAAGGUGGAAACCGGUAGCUAAAUGCAUUACAGUGCAUAAUGGCUGUGUGACAGGGACAAGGAGAAAGUAGCCAGACCAUGCCUACCUCUGCCAAAAAAGGCACUGAGGUCCUCCUGUUGGGUAAGUGAACAGGGGUAACAUGAGCAAACCCCCAGACGAAGCAGCCACACAGGAGGGCAAAGGCAUGGGGAGGGAGGUGAGGGCGUCCCGUUGGAGUUGUUAUCUAAGCCAGUAUAACCUGAGUAGAUGGUGGUGGCCGCAGACAGGGAGAAGUCUAAGGAAAAUUGGUAGGGAAUUUACACUCAAUCCUGGAGACAGUGGGAAGCCAGGAAGUGACCCCAUCCUAGGCAAUUCUGACCAUUCUAGGUUGCUUGAAUGAAUCACCAUCUUGGUUUGGGCAGAGAAUGGGGCAGCCUGGAGGCAAAUAAACAAGAGACUUACAUUUAGAGUAAGUGAAAGAUGAGGACUUGAAUGGCCAAAUGAGGAGCUUGAUGGCCAAAUGUCAGGGUAGUGGCCACUCUGGGCUCACUUUUGGACUACUGAUUUAGAGUAAGUGAUGGACCAGUCAAAGACAGAGUACACAGGAAAGGGAAGACAGAUUUAGAAGAACCUCUUUAUCGUACAUGCCUAUAUAGGCAUCCAAAUAAAUUUUACCUACAUAGUGGGCUCAAGGGCUUUGCUCAGGUUGUCACCAUCAUGUCUGUUGUAAGAGAUUGGCAUUUAUUUCCUAUGCCCAUCCAGGGAUAUGCAUGAGGGCACAUGGAGGUUAAUGUUUGAUAGUAUGUCAUAACACUCUGAAAAUAGCCACUUCCAUUAUGGGUAGAAUUAUGGAUUCUUAACCUUAGUGCAGUGAUUCUCAAAGUAUGGUCUAAAACUAGCAGUGUCAAAAUUAACUCCUUAGAAAUGCAAACUUAGGCCCACCCUAAACUUACUGAAUCAGUAUCUCUGGGCCAGGCCCCAGCAUGGUGGGUUUUAAUAAGCCUUUGAGGGGAUUCUGAUGCAUACCUAGAACUUGAGGACAACUGACUUAGUUUGCCACCCACAGAAGCCAACUUCCAAGUAUAUCAGGUGGAAGGCCUUUGCUCUGACUUGACCAGUGUGCCCUAGACAAGAAAACUAAGAGCCAUAGCCCUUCUGGAAGAAGACCCACUGAGGAAAUCCCAGCAGCAUUUUUUUUUUUUUAAUUAGAAUGAGGAAGGGGGAAGCUCAAGGCUCUGUCUCAACAAUAAGGCUGUAUUAUGAGAGUUUGUCUUGACAAAUAAAAACACCUACUUAAUUGGAUUAAUUGAAGCUGGCUCCUUACCUAAAUUCAAAGUCAACAGAAUAUUCUAGAAACACAUAGUCCUGAGUUGGGCCCUCUACUUUAUCUGAAUGCUCAGUAGCACAGUCUCUGGAGCCAGAGUGCCUGGGUUCAAAUCCUAGCUCUGCCCAGGGUAAUGAUCUUGGGCAAGUUACUGUACUUCCCUUCUCUGAACAGGUUUCCUAAUCCAUAAAAGGUGAAUAAUAGUGCCAACCAUAGAGGAUUGAGAAUUUUAAAAGUUAAGAGACAUGAAGUCUUAGGACAAUGCUGGGCCAACCACAAAAAACAUCUACUUAUUUAUCCAUGAUUUUUAAGAUCGUCUCAAUCCAAUAUAAAGGGAAAAACUGACAGUUGUCAACUGCACUUAUGUCAGUGAUCAGAAGAAUCAACCUACCUAUUUAACAGCAUUUAGUGGCCCCCAGACUGGUUCUUACAGCGCUUCGGAGGCUGACUUUAAGGCCAGAACAUAACCUUUAUGCUUGACAGCUCAGAACCUCUCCCUUGGCACCUACGUUGCGGUACUUUGCCUCUUAUGAACCGCCUUCCCCCUAGGAAAACUUCUUUGCUGACUCAGAAAUCUGCUUGUCCUAAAAGGAGUUUUAGCCUAUGAAUAGAAAGAUAGGCAUUAAAGUGGCAGGCAGUAGAAGUGAACUAGACUAAAAAUAAAUGCCCUUGGUGGCACCAGAGGUGCCAAAGCAAACAGACGGAAGAAAUUCCAGCAGAUGAUAGCACCUGUAUGCUCAAGCGUUGAGGAAGGGCACGAGAGGUGUAAGUGCUUGGUCCUGGUGGCCCCAGCAGUGUGGCAGCAUGGGCCCCUCUGUGCUGCAGGUUGAAGUUUACACUCUGAGCCUCAUACUCAGCGACACCGUCUCUCUAUUUCUGGGCAUGCAUGUUGGAGCGCUCCUGCCACGGCGCUGCUCAGAGCCCCACAGGGAAAUGUGUAGCCCAUCUUGAAGGCUCGGUAUGUGCUGUAAGGUCUGUGCAGUUUUUUUCACUGAAGCUUACGUAUUGUUCUCCCGUAUUAACCCUUGCAGGGACAAUUAGACAACAGCAGGCUGACUUCCAUAUGCAUUAAAAACCCUGAGUUUCUUGGAGCCAGUGAACUGCCAACAUGUCUGGGUAGCAACGUUAACAAUUUAGGGAGAAAAGCCAAAUGCGAACCCUCCCAAUUCCAGUGCACGAACGGCCGCUGUAUUACUCUGUUGUGGAAAUGUGAUGGGGACGAAGACUGUGUUGAUGGCAGUGACGAGAAGAACUGUGUGAAGAAGACAUGUGCCGAGUCUGACUUCGUGUGCAACAAUGGCCAGUGUGUUCCCAACCGAUGGCAGUGUGACGGGGAUCCUGACUGUGAAGACGGUUCCGACGAAAGCCCAGAGCAGUGCCAUAUGAGAACAUGCCGCAUAAAUGAAAUCAGCUGUGGCGCCCGUUCCACUCAGUGCAUCCCAGUGUCCUGGAGAUGUGAUGGUGAAAAUGAUUGUGACAGUGGAGAAGAUGAAGAAAACUGUGGCAACAUAACAUGUAGCCCUGAUGAGUUCACUUGCUCCAGCGGCCGCUGCAUCUCCAAGAACUUCGUGUGCAAUGGCCAGGAUGACUGCAGCGACGGCAGCGACGAGCUGGACUGUGCCCCGCCCACCUGCGGCGCCCACGAGUUCCAGUGCAGCACGUCCUCCUGCAUCCCCAUCAGCUGGGUGUGCGACGACGACGCGGACUGCUCAGACCAGUCGGAUGAGUCCCUGGAGCAGUGUGGCCGCCAGCCCGUGACACACACCAGGUGCCCCGCCAGCGAGAUCCAGUGCGGCUCUGGCGAGUGCAUCCACAAGAAGUGGCGAUGCGACGGGGACCCCGACUGCAAGGACGGCAGCGAUGAGGUCAACUGUCCGUCUCGGACCUGCCGACCCGACCAAUUCGAAUGUGAGGACGGUAGCUGCAUCCACGGCAGCAGGCAGUGCAAUGGCAUCCGGGACUGUGUGGAUGGUUCUGAUGAAGUCAACUGCAAAAACGUCAACCAAUGCCUAGGCCCUGGGAAGUUCAAGUGCAGAAGCGGGGAAUGCAUAGAUAUCAGCAAAGUAUGCAACCAGGAGCAGGACUGCAGGGACUGGAGCGACGAGCCCCUGAAAGAGUGUCAUAUAAACGAAUGCUUGGUCAAUAACGGUGGAUGUUCCCAUAUCUGCAAAGACCUAGUUAUAGGCUACGAGUGCGACUGUGCAGCUGGGUUUGAGCUGAUAGAUAGGAAAACCUGUGGAGAUAUUGACGAAUGCCAAAAUCCAGGAAUCUGCAGCCAAAUUUGUAUCAACUUAAAAGGCGGUUACAAGUGUGAAUGUAGUCGUGGCUAUCAAAUGGAUCUUGCCACUGGCGUGUGCAAGGCAGUAGGCAAAGAGCCCAGUCUAAUCUUCACUAAUCGAAGAGACAUCAGGAAGAUUGGGUUAGAGAGGAAAGAAUAUAUCCAACUAGUUGAACAGCUAAGAAACACCGUGGCUCUCGAUGCUGACAUUGCUGCUCAGAAACUCUUCUGGGCUGAUUUAAGCCAAAAGGCCAUCUUCAGUGCCUCAAUUGAUGACAAGGUUGGUAGACAUGUUAAAAUGAUCGACAAUGUCUAUAAUCCUGCAGCCAUUGCUGUUGAUUGGGUGUACAAGACCAUCUACUGGACUGAUGCGGCUUCUAAGACUAUUUCAGUAGCUACCCUAGACGGAACCAAGAGGAAGUUCCUGUUUAACUCUGACUUGCGUGAGCCUGCCUCCAUAGCCGUGGACCCGUUGUCUGGCUUUGUUUACUGGUCCGACUGGGGUGAGCCAGCGAAAAUAGAAAAAGCAGGAAUGAAUGGAUUUGAUAGACGUCCACUGGUGACAGUAGACAUCCAGUGGCCUAAUGGGAUUACACUUGACCUUAUAAAAAGCCGUCUCUAUUGGCUUGAUUCUAAGCUGCACAUGUUAUCCAGCGUGGACCUGAAUGGCCAAGAUCGAAGGAUAGUACUGAAGUCUAUGGAGUUCCUAGCUCAUCCUCUUGCACUAACAAUAUUCGAGGAUCGUGUCUACUGGAUAGAUGGGGAAAAUGAAGCAGUCUAUGGUGCCAAUAAAUUCACUGGAUCGGAGCUGGCCACCCUGGUCAACAACCUUAAUGAUGCUCAAGACAUCAUCGUCUAUCAUGAACUUAUACAGCCAUCAGGUAAAAAUUGGUGUGAAGAAGACAUGGAGAAUGGAGGAUGUGAAUACCUAUGCCUGCCGGCACCACAGAUUAACGACCACUCUCCAAAAUAUACCUGUUCCUGUCCCAAUGGGUACAAUCUCGAGGAAAACGGCCGAGAGUGCCAAAGGAUCAACGUGACCACAGCAGUAUCCGAGGUCAGUGUCCCCCCAAAGGGGACUUCUGCUGCCUGGGCCAUUCUUCCUCUCUUGCUCUUAGUGAUGGCAGCAGUCGGUGGCUACUUGAUGUGGCGGAAUUGGCAACACAAGAACAUGAAAAGCAUGAACUUUGACAAUCCUGUGUACUUGAAGACCACUGAAGAGGACCUCUCAAUAGACAUCGGCAGACACAGUGCUUCUGUCGGACACACAUACCCAGCAAUAUCAGUUGUAAGCACAGAUGAUGAUCUAGCUUGACUUCUGAGACAAGUCUCGACCUUUGAGGUCUAAAUCCAUAAUAUACCCCAUUGUCAGAAUGGUAACCGAACCAGCAGCUGAAGUCUUUCUUCCUCCCGUCUGGAAGAACAUCAAGAAAUCUUUGCGUGGAUCAAGCUUGUGUACUUGACUGUUUUUAUGUUACUUUUGUAAAUAUUCUUGUCCACAUUCUACUUCAGCUUUGGAUGUGGUUACCAAGUAUCUAUAACCCUUGAAUUUUUAAACAGUAUUGCCACCUCUGGCCAAAUAUGCACUUUCCCUAGAAAGCCAUAUUCCAGCAACGAAACUUGUGCUAUAGUGUAUACCACCUGUACAUACAUUGUAUAGGCCCUCUGUAAAUAUCCCAGAGAACAAUCACUAUUCUUAAGCACUUUGAAAUAUUUCUAUGUAAAUUAUUGUAAACUUUUUCAAUAGUUGGGACAAUGGCAAUAGGAUAAAACGGGUUACUAAGAUGAAAUUGCCAAAAAAAAAAAUUUGUAAACUAAUUUUGUACUUAUAAAUGAAAUCUUUGACCUCAAUGGAGGUUUGCAAAGACUGAGUGUUCAAACUACUGUACAUUUUUUUUUCCAAGUGCUAAAAAAUUAAACCAAGCAGCUUAACCAUG